UUUCCCCUUUUUAUCUUUCUCAUUUCCUGGAUGGAGAAAAUCCUUCUGCCCUAAUGUUUCUAGGGUUUCAUUCAUUUGGCAUCCGGCGAUGAACUUGCGAAUUGUGUAUCUUUAGAACUAAAGACGCUUGCUUUCUUCAGUUCAGUCUUCAAAUCUGGUUAGCAUCUCCCUCCUAUUUUUCGGGUUUAUGCAUAUGAACUAGAUUUUAAAAUGGCGGCGAUGUUUCAUUUAGUUAGCAAGAGGUUGCAUCAUUUCCUCAAACCUAUUUCCGCUUCAACUACGAAUCAUGUCUAUUUGUUUUCGUCUUCAUGCGUAAACUCCACCCAUUUAUCCGAUGAACAUCCCCCACUCAUGAACCUCUUUAAAUCCCAUGGAUUAACUCAUACGCACAUUAAAAAUCUAAUUACUGAUCAUCCCGGCAUUCUUCAAGCCGAUUUAGAGAAUACCCUUAAGCCGAAUAUAGAAUUACUUUCUUCCCUAGGGAUUUCUCACUUAAAUCUCGAGAAAGUUAUCAGCUUAAGACCACGAAUUCUUUUCGUUGAUAUCCUGCAAGUUGUUGAACUCUUCAGGGCUUAUUGUUUCAGUGAUAAUCAGAUUUCUACUAUUAUAAUGAAGUAUCCUGUUCUAUUGACAUACAAGCCAGGGAAAUACUUGAAACCUAAAUUGGAUUACCUAAUUUCAAUUGGUUUGUCUUCUGAAGAUAUCAGUAGAUUAGUUCUUGCAGAGCCUACUAUCUUAACAAGAAGCCUUGAGAAUCAGUUGAUGCCGUCUGUUGAGGUCAUUAGGAGAGUGGUUGGAUCCGAAUCUAGAGUCCUUAAAGCGAUAAAAUCGUGUCAUCGUUUGUUGGGUUAUAACCUUGAGAAAGUUCUAGAAGGGAACAUAACUAUCUUGACAAAUCAUGGUGUUCCUAGAUCGAUAGUUGAUAAACUGUUCUAUAUUCACAUGAACACUCUUUUGAAUAGUAACGGUAGACUUACAAAAGUGGUGGUUAGAGUUUCUGAUUUGGGUAUUAGUCCGAAGACAAACACUUUCAUUUUAGCCACUCGGGUUUUGUCAUCCAUAAGCGAUUCUGUGUGGGAAAGGAAGAAAGAUGUUUAUUCUAGUUUUGGUUUGUCUGAAGAGAACCUCAUCACCCUUUUCAAAGUGCUUCCUUCUUGUAUGCUGAUAUCGGAGAAGAAAAUCAACAAGAUGAUGAAUUUCUUGUUGAAUGAGAUGAAAUGUACGUUUCCUUGCAUUCUCAAGCAGCCUCUUGUACUGUUGCAUAGUUUCGAGAAGAGGAUUCUUCCAAGGUGGUCGGUUUUGAGGGUAUUAAUAUCGAAAGAUGUCAUUAAGAAAGAUAUUAGUUUGUUGUAUGCGAUGAGAAUUAGCGAGAAGAGGUUUUUCGAGAAGUUUGUGGUGAAGUAUGAGAAGGUUCGAGGCGAAAAGGUAGCUUUGCAAAGUUAAAAUUUGAGCUCCAUUUGUGGAGAGGUUUUCAUAUUUAGUAAUAACAAGGGCUAUUGAGAAAGCAACCUUUAGACAUUUUAUUUUUUUUUUUGUAUUUGAUUCAAUGUAUUUUAAGGCACUUUUU